CUCCGCGCCAGCCUGGCCUCGACGCCCGCGCCCGGUGCCGGCCGAGCGCGCAGGUGUCCGGACGCUUCUCCUCCGAGCCAGCCAUCGCCUCGACACCUCCCGCAAAUGCUCAGCUUCUUCUGGCUGAGGUGUCUCUUAAAAAUGGUCAAGGGGAAUAUUAUAGUCCCUGAAGAGAUCUUGAACUUCUGUUGCAAUGGCCUCCAGGGCUCAACCUCUCCACCACGUGCCCAGGAACCAGGGGAGCGGGAGGAGGCACCGGGGACCAUGGCGAGCCCCUUGCCUGCCCGCAACCCCACCGAGGUGCAGAUGAGCCAGCUGGUGCUGCCCUGCCACACCAACCACCGUAACGAGCUCAGCACUGGCCAGCUGCUCAAGUGGAUCGACACGGCUGCCUGCCUCUCUGCUGAGAGACACGCUGGCUGCCCGUGCGUCACGGCUUCCAUGGAUGAUAUCUAUUUUGAGCAUACCAUUAGCCAGCCGUAUCUAAGCCCUGCGGGGCAGCGGGACGGGAGGAGCGGUGUCUGUGUCGGGCAAGUUGUCAACAUCAAAGCCAAAGUGAACCGAGCCUUUAACUCCAGCAUGGAGGUGGGCAUCCAGGUGAGCUAUGAAGAUCUGUGCAGCGGGAAGCACUGCAGUAUCUGCAAGGCGUACGCCACCUUUGUGGCACAGAGUCCCUCUGGCAGCAAGGUGAGGCUGAAGCCGCUGACCCCACAGACAGAGGAGGAGAAGAUUGAGUACAGCAUUGCCGCUGAGCGCCGCCGCAUGCGGCUGGUGCACAAGGACACCCUCAAGGACCUCCUCACCCGCAGCCCCCCUGACACCGAGCUGGAGACACGGGACGGCAGUGGGGCAGUGCCGGCGGAGAAGACGCGUGUGGAGAGCGUGGAGCUGGUGCUGCCUCCACACGCCAACCAUCAGGGCAACACCUUCGGUGGGCAGAUCAUGGCCUGGAUGGAGAAUGUGGCCACCAUUGCAGCCAGCCGGCUGUGCCAUGCCCACCCCACACUGAGGGCCAUCGAGAUGUUCCACUUUCGGGGACCUUCGCAAGUUGGGGACCGCCUGGUGCUCAAAGCCAUCGUCAACAAUUCCUUCAAAAACAGCAUGGAGGUGGGGGUCAGCGCCGAGGCGUACGGCCAGGAGAUGUCUGUCAGCCCACGGCACAUCAACAGCGCCUUCAUGACCUUCGAGGUGCUGGACCAGGAGGGCCGGCCCCGCACGCUGCCCAUGGUGGCACCCGAGCCAGGGGAUGGAGAAAGGAGGUACAGAGAAGCCAGUGCUAGGAAAAAAAUUCGGCUGGACCGAAAAUACGUUGUCUCCUGCAAACAGACUGAGGUGCCACUCUCUGUGCCCUGGGACCAAAGCAACAAGGUUUAUCUGAGCUACAACAACGUCUCUGCGCUGAAGACACUUGUAGCCAAAGCGAACUGGGCACUCGCCAGGGAAAAGGAAAAGGUGAGGAUGUACACGCUGGAGGAGGAUAAAUUCCUGUCCUUCCGCAUUGAGAUGUCCGUCUGCAUCCCAGCCAGCCAAGCCUUCUCCCUGCUCUCCGACCUGUGGCGCCGGCACGAGUGGGACAGUCACUAUGUGAGUGCUGAGCUCGUCCAGAAGGUAGAUGAUGAUGACAUGAUCUACCACGUGGUGAGCCGGAUGCACAGACAGGAGAGCAAGCUGCAGGACUUUGUCAUCCUGGCAUCCCGGCGGAAACCCUGCAGCAAGGGGGACCCCUAUGUGGUGGCCUUUCGGUCGGUGACGCUGCCCACACACCCCCCCAGAGCUGAAUAUACACGUGGGGAGACACUCUGCUCUGGUUUCUGCAUUUGGCCGGAGUCAGAGGAGAUGAGCAAGGUGGCUUACUACAACCAGGCUAUGCCGGGGUACCUCAACUACGUCACCACCAAUGUGGCAGGGCUGUCCUCUGACAUCUGUGCCACCUUUGAAGCCUGCGAGAAAUUCCUGCUGAAGAACAAAGAGGACCUGAUCUCACAGCUGCAGGACUUCUAGAGCCACAGCACCCUGCUGACAGACGGACACAGACAAAGGGACACCUCCAUGUUGGAAGGGGAUGUGGAUUGUGGCACCCAGACCCUGCCUCCCUGGGGCUUGGGGUGGAGGGGCAUUACUGCACCACCUCAUCCCUUGCACUGACAUCUUUUCUUCUUUC